CAAGAUUCAAAAACUUAUUCGUCCCAUCAUAGGUAAAUUGUCCCAAUGAAAUUGUCUUCUUAAAACAUAUACAAAAACCUAGCGGAGAAGCAUUCAUCCUCCAUUGCCACUUCUCUCAGGAUCUCUCUCCCUCCCUCCUCCUUUCUCUGGGUAGCUCUAUCUCUGUUCGGAGCAACAUCAUGAAUAAUCCUCAGGACGGCAGCAUUCCUUUCGAACUUCCGGCAGCUCUCCCAAGAAGACCGGUGAACUCCGAUCACAACAGCUUGAACAGCAGUAUCUUGUACAUAGCCAUUAUCUCUUUGUCAAUCGUCUUAGUUCUCGUCUUCGCCCUUCAUCUCUACGCCAGGUAUGUCCUCCGCCGCCAAGCCCGCCGUCGCGCCGCCAUCCACCAUCUCAGCCUCGCCGUGGCUAGAUUCUCCUCUGGCGAUCCACCAAACAACACCGGCCUCGACCCCACGGUCAUUGCCUCUCUUCCCACCUUCGUCUUCAAAAGAAGAAACGAAAACGAUGACCGCCGCCGUGGCGAUUCUUCCUCCGUUAUGGAAUGCUCUGUUUGCUUGAGCAAUCUGGAGGGUGGAGAAGAAGCGAGGCUGCUUCCCAAUUGCCAGCACGUGUUCCACGUGGCUUGUAUUGACCGGUGGCUGGAGUCUCAUUCGACGUGCCCGAUUUGUCGAACCAUGGCUCGGCCGGUGAUUGAGCCACGGCCACGUGAGGGUCCGGUCGGGGCCCGCCAGGUCCAGCCGGCUGUUCACGACGCGCCCACAGCUCCGCCGGUGGUGGAGCCUACUGCAGAAGGUACAUCGGACGGUGGUGGAGCUAAAAGUAGUGGUUCAGUUUCAAGGUUGAGCUCCUUCAGAAGAAUGCUAAGCAGAGAAAGAUCGUCCAGGAGAAUCCAACCUCCUUCUUCCUCCUCUAUCGGUGAUGAUAGUCUUGUUCGUGAUUUAGAGAGACAGUGAAAUCAUCCUCGGUACUAUUUUUUUUUAAAAUUUAAUUUCUUAUUUGAUUUUGUGGUUAUAAAUACUUUCUUUUUUGGGUUAAAAAAAUGAGGGACAUAUUGGCGAUAUAAAUCUUCUUGUGGGGCAUCUUGGGAAACUUAGCAGUUACCAGUGAUGAGGGGAUUGCAUAACGAAGAAAAGUGAGAGGCAGGAUGGAUGCGUUUCAAUUUUGUAAUACGUCUUAUUGUACAAAAAGAAAAGAGAGAAUUAUGUUUUAGCUCUUAA